ACGGUUAAGUCGGGCGCGAAAAAGGAUACACGCACAGUGGAGAAUGCGCGCGCUUGCGGCAACGGUUGGUAGAGAAAAUUUCUGUGUGGCCGAAAAAGGCAAAUGAGCAGCAGCAGCAGCAGCAGCAGCAGCAUAUUCAACCUUCACUGCUGCAGCCACCGCUGCUGAAAAGUGCCAAAAAUAUUUUGAAAAAAUCAAUAGUGUAAAUGUUUUUGUUCGCGAUGGCGACGCAGCGCGGUGAAGGACACAAUUUUGUGCUCCUUGAUUUUUAAUUACAUUAAAAAUUUGUGAAUAAGUUUUCACCCACACAAGCAUAUUUCUCACCGAAGGCUGUCACCAACACCAAGCGCAACUCAACGUUUUGUGCUGCCUUAACUCUGAAAUUACAAAAGGUGUUCGUUUUGGUCUUAAGGGCAGAAGGAGAGAGAAAAAAUUUGGAUGAAUUUUUGAAAAAGAAAAAAAAUAUCUAAGCAAUAUAAUGAAAUGCAAUUAUAGACAGAAGAACAAACAAAGCAAAACAAACGAUCAAAUAUUUUCAAGUACCAAAUGCAACUAUAUUCCAUUGAAUGGAAAAACAACAACAACAACCACAACAACAAGAGAAAUACUUAGGUGCUGUGUUUUAUACAAACGUUCUAAAUAAUUCACAUACAUAUAGUAUAACUGCAAAACAUAAACAUUAAAAGUUAGCUAAUUAUUGAUUUUAAUUGUAAAAUUUUGCUCCAAAAAAGAAGCAACCAAUCGAAUUCUUCCAUUACCAAACGCGUGUAAAAUUAAAGUUAAGCCAUUUUUUGCGGCCGCCAUUUCCACGUCGUCGCCGAUUAAUUAAUUGCAUAGCAGUGCCAGCAACUGUUGCGUAGAGCGAGUAGCGAUACGUUCAGAGCUACCCGAUUCAUUUUCAGCAAUAUUUCCAAAAACAACAAAUAAAUAAAAUAACGUAUGCUUAAGAAAAAAGUGAAAUAAAUAUGUCGUUCGAAAAAUUUGCAAAUCUAUUAACUUAUGUAUAAAAAAAAAACUAUUCAAUAAUAAAAAGUGUGAAAUUUAAACUGCAAUCAUUUAGAACUAAAAUUAGUAGUAUAUACAAAUGUAUGUAUUUUUCGAUAUUCGUCAGCGCAUAUUAAUGACUAGAGCAGUGUCUAGAUCCAGCUUAACACAUACAUGCAUACAUAUUAGACUGCUUCUCGAACGAAACUUGUACUCUUUAACAAAGUGUUGUGAAUUGCGAUUAAAAUAAGGCAUUAAAUUAACAUUAUUAAUAAUAGAAAAAAAAAACGAUUACAUAAAAUGUUUUUAAAUUUACCGAACCCAAAAUCAUAACGAGUAGUUUCGACAAGUCUUAACGAAAAUUAAAGAAAAUUAAAUAGUAAUAAUUUAAAUAAAAAAUUUUACUAAGUAGUGAAUAUAAUCUCAUCGAGCUUAAGGAUAUUACCAAUGAACCGCACAACAGCGCCUAAUGCAAAUAACAACAAUUGGAGAAAUAGUGUUACGACAACAAAUGCAAUUAUAACGAAUAAAAAGCAAAAAACAAAUAAAGCACCGAAAAAAAACCAAAAACUUUUAAUAAGUACGAAAAUUCACUAAAAAGACGAAGCACGCGAAAUAAAUAAAGUUUUCCUCAACCUUAACCCUGCACACGCCGUUGCGAAGCGUAUUGCAGCACCUAACCUCUGAGCAAAUAUCUUCAUCUCUACCAAUAAUAACUGCACAAUCAGACAUAUGUACACGCGUAUAUGACUUUGUGAUCGCAUGUGUGUGCGUGAGUAGGGUUGUAGCACACAAUUUGCCAAGUACAGCCGUGUAAUAUUUGGCCUAUGUCCAAAUAGGCUUUUUUGAUUGCAGCACUUUGCCCUUAGAAGAAACUCGAACUAGCGUUGAAAUGUAGAAGUGCCAAUGCGCUAAGACAACAUAACUACAGGAACUACGAACGACGAACGACCUUCGCGUGCUGGCAAUACCCCGCCCUUUGCAUUACAUUGAAGUUGAAGGACGUCAACGGCCUAUCAAAGGUAUCACACAGCCCGUAUAAGGCAAUCGGCGCUGGUAUUAUUGAGGCACCGGAAACCGAAUUGCCGUGCAAGUGCACCGUCAGACUGCUGGCUAUUUACAUAAAUCCAAUAUGAAAGCGUCAUGAGUGAAUCCAAGGAUAUACAAAAAUGCAGGAAAUGAGUUACCUGCAAGAUAAUUCCAAAUUGGAGGCACUUACCAAGGCUGUACUCAUCUCCAUUCUAGGUGUUGCCAUAGUCAUCUCGAAUCUUCUCAUUAUAGCCACUUAUGCAAAUUUCAAAGGUCCCACAGAGGUCAUCAAUUAUUACCUUCUCUCGCUGGCAGUAGCGGAUCUGCUAUGCGGACUACUGGUUGUGCCGUUCUCAGUGUAUCCAGCGUUGACCGGCGAAUGGAUGUACGGCGACAUCGUAUGCCGAUUCACGGGCUACCUGGAGGUGACGCUAUGGGCCGUCUCCGUAUACACAUUCAUGUGGAUCUCGGUGGACCGAUAUUUGGCCGUCCGGAAGCCGCUACGCUAUGAAACUGUACAGACGAAAACCAGAUGUCAAUGCUGGAUGGUGUUCACAUGGAUCUCAGCCGCUCUGCUUUGCUGUCCGCCAAUACUGGGCUACACGAAGCCCAUCGCGAAUAAUGUGACACACAUUUGCAUGCUCGACUGGGGCAAUAUGGCUGCGUACAGUGCAACAUUGGCGAUUUUAGUUUUAGGUCCUAGCGUUAUAUCCAUAGUACAUAAUUAUGGUUAUAUAUUUGUAAUGAUCCGAAAACUGAAAUCGGGUGAACCCAUACAUGACAAAGAAUAUGCAACCGCAUUAGCAGAAAAUUUAUCGAAUCCUAGUCAUAUGAUGUCAUUCGUAUUAGUGUUUGCAUUCUGGAUGUCGUGGUUGCCAUGGAUGCUGUUGCGCUUCUACGAAGUGGUGACCGGUGAUGUUAUCCAAAGUACUCUUAUUCAUUUUAUGGUCGUCUGGAUUGGCGUGCUGAAUUCAUUUUGGAAAAUCGUCAUUAUGACCAGUAUGUCGCCGCAAUUUCGCAUCGCACUUAGAGUAUUUUGUUUAACAAUUUGCUGUAAGACUAAGGGCCGUUUGCAAGCAGAACUAAUCGGAUUGGACCCAGAUGACUAGAGUCGUUAGAUUUUCCACCGUAUGAACGGUUAAAUUAACUUUCACAAUUGGCUUACUUUUCAUCACUUUCCAUUCGAAGCAUACAACAUGUUUUUGCUUUUGUUAUUGGUAUUGGUAUUGGCCCGCUAUUGCGAUAUGGUCAAGAUAUAUAUAUAUAUAUAUAUAUAUACUCAAUUGUUGUUGAGAAUGACUUUAGAAAUAUGUAAAUGAUAUACAUAUGUAUGUACAUUUGUACAUUGGUAUGUGCAUGUCGAUAUGUACAAUCGAAUGUACAAGUAUCUAACUACACAUUCGGAUACCUGUCAGGCGAAGAAAAUGAUGUUUAAUGUAACUCAAAUGUGAAAUUUUGUUUAAACAAAUAGCCAAGUCUGCGAAAGACUUGGUAGCAGUGUUGGUCACGAGCCCAUUAUCGAUAUAUGUAGUACUCCUAUGUAUGUACGCCAAAAUUUAUACAAACAUACAUACAUAUGCACAUUAGGGUGUCCCGGAAUUUUGUUUUUUUUUUGCGAAAUUUUUAAGUUUUUCCUUUUGGUCUAAAUAAUGUAUCUAUGGUUGAAUUUUUAGCUAAGAACUUGAAAGUUAUUGUUAGACGACUACAUAUAUGUACUUCCAAUUUAUGGAACAUUUUGACAUUUGGCCGAUAUGAUAGCGCUCAAUCGUAAUAAAUCAACGUUUGCGGAUACCCAACAUCCUUUUACAGUUCAAAUAUUUUUAAAGAAUAUUUUCUAUUUUUUAUACCCGAACUUUGUUUCAAUCUAUACAUAUUCAUAUCACCGAAAAUCAAGGAGUCCCAUGACCCGUACCAAAAUCAGUAUGGCUGGGGGCUUACCGUACUGGUUCCUGCUCCAAAAGUGGAACGAAAUGGCUAGGGUAGCCUGAAACGUAAACACCGAGCACUCUGUGCCUGGCGUAGUAUGUUUACCAUCCAGCGAAAAAAGUCCGAUUAGGUUAAUGGGCCUUAUGCAUAAAAAGUGAGCUUAAGCUCAGACUCAAUUUUUGCACUGAAAGGGUGAGCUCAAGCUCAAGAAUUUGUACUGAAAAACGAGUCGGAGCUUAAGCUCACUUUUUAUGCAUGAGGCCCAAUGUUUUACAUCUACUCCGUCGCGCUAUUCGUCGCCUUGCCACCCCACAAGGAAUAUUGGGCAGAUUUCAAUCGAUAAUUCCCGAUUUCGACGACUAGCGUUGUAUGGAGCACCAGUAACGGUUGUUUCCCUUGCUGGAGAAUUGUUACAAGUUGAUAUACGUUGAUUAGACCAAAAG